AUGAUAGCGGGAUGGGGACGAAACACAGCUUUGAGGAAAUCCAAAGCGAUUCCUCCGCUUCUUAAGAAAUCGUCGGCUGGGGUAACGGCGGUUAUCUCCGGAAGGGAUUUCCACAGCAAUGAAAGCUCGGCUUAUUGGCUUCCAAAGGACGAGGAGGAGCAAGACCGACUCAUUGGGCAACAUUUUGCCAUCAAAGAAAUAUACGAAGGGAACUUUCUUUCUGAAGUCCCAAAAUACGUCUCGUUUGAAACUGGAGCUCGUAUUUGUGAUAUAGGAUGUGGCGCCGGCGCGUGGCUCAUGGAUAUGGCAUUGGAAUACCCAAAAUGCACCUUUGAUGGUGUGGACAUGGUAGAAGUGACACAAAGCGAAGCCUUGUCGGACCGUUUAAACAUUAUCUACAGCGAUGUCACCGACGUACUUGACUACCCAGAUAACACCUUUGACUUUGUACACAUGCGUCUCUUCGUUCUAGCGCUUCGUGAGGAUGAAUGGGAGCAUGCCAUUCGCGAAGCUGUCCGAAUCACUAAGCCUGGAGGAGUUAUUCAAUUACUCGAGUACUAUUUCACACCAGACUUCGAUGACCAUCCGGCUGUAGGAAAAACGGCCAACGCAAUUAUCGACACCAUGGGAACGCGCGGACAAGAUCCCUAUAUUGGACCGAAGCAACCUCGUUAUUUGACAGAGGCGGGGUGUAAGGUGAUUCAAGUCGAUAACCGUCCAAUAGACAUGUCAAACAACACAGCAGCUGCGAAAAAGUUCCUGUGGAACUGGCAACGUGUACUGAAAAGCAUGAUGCCCAUCCUCGGCCCAAACCUGGGACUUAAUGAUCCCAUCGAGCAACAGCAACAUGGCGAAGAAGUGCUCCUUGGCCUUACAAAAUGCCGUAAAUUCUAUUGGAUGUACAGUGCCGCCGGCCAGAAAUUAUAG